UAACGGCUUUCAGUGUGCAAGCGUGGACAACUCCAGUCAGACUGCAAGAGCUCUUAUAUUUGAAGAGCAGGAAGUCAACUGGUAUGUGCUCAUGUGGGUACAGAGAAGUUGCCCUGUGUGGGUUGCUGAGAUCUCCUUGGCGUUCAUAGAACUGGUGAAAGCUCUGCUGAUGGUGUACAUUGCUACCAAGGGACACAGAAUGGAACAGGCACUGAGUUUAACUUUCAUACUAGAACUCCUCUGUGGUUUCAACAUGCUGAUUACGCUGUGCCCAGGUCUCCAGAAUUUAUUUGUGCCUGUCUACCUAAACUCCUGGUUGGCCAGACUGGCAUUAGAACGUAUCUAUAAUGACCUUCACCUGACCAGCCAAAGGUUUCAGACGGUGUCUGUGAGGUUAACCAAGAAGAUGGUGCUGCUGGUGAUGAAUAUCGCGUGUUUAACGUUUACCACCAUGUGCAGCAUACAACACAUCCAGCGAGCCAGUGCUGACAACCAGAUCUCCUUGUUCGACUCCUUGUAUUUCGUCAUCGUGACUUUCUCCACUGUGGGCUUCGGUGACAUCACCCCGGACAUGUGGCUCAGCCGCCUCUUUAUGAUCAUCAUGAUGUGCCUGGCGUUUGCAACUCUUCCCAGUCAGAUACAAGGAAUGAUCACUAUCUACAGAGAGAGGGAGAAGGCAGGAGGGGAGUACAGUAAAUGGUUCACAAAUAAGAAGCACGUGAUAGUCUGUGCCAGCUCCAUGACCCAGGAAACCAUGAUGGACUUCCUCAAUGAGUUUUAUAUUUAUCCCAGGCUGGAGGAGAGGACAGUAAUCAUCCUUUGUUGUCAGGAGCUGGACAGCAGCAAACGGGUGAUCACCACGGACCCACGCUGGUCGGAGAACGUCAUCUACAUGAAAGGGUCACAAGCAUAUGCCGCCUUCUUUCUUCCGCCCCGACCUACGAAAAACAAGGCUCUGGCAGAUAGACACACAGUCUUGAGGUCAUGGGCCGUGAAGGACUUUGCGCCAAACUGUAAACAGUAUGUCUAUCUGUUCAAGGCUGUCAACAAGUUGCAUGUGAAGUAUGCAGAGCACGUGAUGUGUGAAGAUGAGUUCAGUUUUGCUCUGCUGGCCAACAACUGCCUUUAUCCUGGCUUGUCCACGCUAGUAUCCUUGCUAGUUCAUUCCACUAAAGAACAACAGAAGGGCAUGGUCCUGGAGCCAUGGCAACAGGUGUAUGGCCGACAUGCUGCCAAUGAAAUCUUCCACAUUCAAGUCCAAAAGAGCGUCAUCUUCAGCCAGUACGAGGGGGAGACGUUUCCCAUGAGCUCGGCGGAUGCUCAUUACAGGUUUGGUGUGGCACUGCUAGGGGUCAUCGACUCCGAGUCUUCAGUCCUCAGGUUGCAGCUAAACCCUGGGCCUCAGUACAAACUUAAGGCUACAGACAUGCUGUUCUACAUGAGUGUCUGCCGGGAAGAGUACUCAAAAAUCAGCCCACAAGACUGUAAAGGAUCGCUGUGGAGUCUGAAUAAACAGUCAG